ACUAAUAGCAAUGUGCAGCGCUAUGAAUAAAACAGCAGCCAUUGUUACUCCAACUUCAGCUGUAUUGAUAUCGGUAUUACCUGGUUGAGGAUAAAUACACCAUGUCUAUAAUUGAAAUAAUAAAAGAACAAACAUCCGGCUUGAGACUGUCAACUCGAAACGACAACGUGCGGGGAUGCUUGAUCAAGGAAUACCAUUUCAAAUGCAGCGUACCAACAUUUCUCAAAGAAAUACACUUCACCAACUUUUACACUAAAAGCGCUUCUGCACACCUAUGUUACCAAGACACGGCUUCUGCAGAACCCGUCUGGGUUAAUCUCUUCAAAAUUCAGAUGAUGAAAGACAUUCACACUUCAUUUGGUGCAUGUGCUCAAGUUAGAAUAACACUCCCUCCAACUUUCGAAACAGUUAAAUCACGGAAACGAUUAUUCAAACUAUGUAUACAGUUACAACAACCCUCCUUAAUGUGGAAAGAAUAUACAAUAACAAAUGUGCAAUUUUUUGAUGAGUAUUUAGACAAUUCUGACCAGACCACAACAGAUUCCACUGAAGGUCGACACACACAUCUAAUCAAUGAGACACAGAAUGCUUUGACCACACUUUGCACACUAAUAGAAUUUAAACAAACGAUACAAAGCCGUGAACUUAACGAAAUAGAUAUCUUAGCACUAUCUGACGCACACUUUGAAAUUACUUGAAGUUACCAGAAAUUUACAGGAAGACCAAUCACGUAUUUAACACACCAUUGAGAUUGAGAAAAACCACCACAUAACGGGAGGAUAUUUACGAACAUGGAAGGCGUGCCCAGAGCUUAUUGGGGAUGAGGAUGAAGAAAACAAAAAGCGAUCAUGGUAUGCCAAACUAGUUCUCCCAAAUGAUAGUAUCAACGACACUGGAGACAAAGUGGAUAGGCAGUCUUACUACGUGUUUACUUUUACACCGUAAAAUCUGAUGGAAAUGUCCCAUUCCUCGCAGAAACUAACGAUAUAACUCAAAGUGACGCAGAAAGGACAAUUGUUUGCAAAGUAUGUGAGGUAUAGACGCGAUAUAUCUAAAAGAACUGAUUGUAAUGAGUCUUGACACUUCAUAAUACAAUACUGAAAAGGACUUAGUUUCCGAAUGCAUGAAAAUCUAAAUUGUUUGUGACUGUAAAUUAAAUAAUACUUAGUACUCGUUAUUGCAAA